AUGACCAAGUGCAAUUGGACAACUCCAGAGAGGUUUGCGGGCGAGUGGAAGCUCCCCGACUUCUUCGCGAAGCACAAUCUGUAUAUUCAGGAAAGUAAGGACGAGAGUUUCUCGUGGCUAUUGGUGAAGAAGUUGGCGAUGUGGGCUUACGACAUCAUUAUGCCAAUGCCCAUCAGGCUCACUUUGGAGAACGUCACCGUGUUUACGCUCAUCUUGAUCGUGAUUAUGCCUAACGCUAUCACUUAUCUCCUCAUUUAUCCAAUUUUCAGACUUGUCUUUGGCACGCUAUAUCCUGCCUAUGCAUCGUACAAGGCCGUGAGGACAAAGAAUGUCAAGGAAUACGUAAAAUGGAUGAUGUAUUGGAUUGUGUUUGCACUUUUCACAUCGGCCGAAAUAUUCACCGAUAUGUUUUUGAGUUUUUGGCUCCCCUUUUACUACGAGAUAAAAAUAAUCUUGGUAAUAUGGCUGCUGAGUCCCGCGACCAAAGGCUCGAGCAUCCUCUACCGACGCUUCGUGCAUCCGGCACUUAGUCGUCGCGAAGCCGAGAUCGACGAGGCCCUCGCCAGGGCGACCGAGCAGGGUUACGCGGCCGUCGUCCAGCUCGGCACCAAGAGCGUCAACUACGCGACCACUGUCCUCAUGCAGACCGCCAUCAAGGGAGGUGGUGGUUUGGUGCAGCAGUUAAGAAAAAGUUACAGCUUGAGUGAUUUGGCAGGCGGGAAAGAGGAUGAGAAUCAAAAUACAGAGCAGUCACCCGAUGAGGUUGAUUUAGACGAACCUCGUCGAAGAGACAGAGGUGGAAGACGGGGAUACAGUCCACGAAGAACUCAAUCGAGCAAUAAUCGAAUGGACAUGUAUUUUUCUGAGGUAGAUUUGGAGAUGCGGAAGUCAAGUUUUAGGGAUCCCGUUGGUAGUUUAGCAAAUAUAAAGUCAUCGGAUGAUAUAUCGAGCGGGUAUAGUAGCGGGGAGGCAUUGCAGUCACAAAGGAAUUUGAUAAACAAUGAGCAUCUAGUCAGGACGGCUAGUAUUGGAGGUCGGAACCGCACGAAGCCAAGAUCAGUCCCGAAAAAAGCAACGGAGGUCAAUGAAGUGCAAGAAGAUGAACACGCAAAAAACAUCGAACAACUUUCUAGUGUAAAUCCUUUAUCUUACUUGAGUAUCGAUCAGCGAUAUAAAAUAUUAUCGUUUUUUUCGAAAAGCGUGGAUAACACGAAUAUGUUAAAGCUUUGUCAAAAUGUCAAUGAUAGUGCUGAUAAUAGUUCGACACGUAAAUCCGAUCCUCCAUGCGCAAAAUCGAUGAAUAAAGAACCAAAGGAUACAGCAAAUUCAGUAAUUGAUAUCAAGGUCGAGGAGGAAAAACUGAAACAAUCCAGUGAAAAGAGCAUUGCAAUAGAUUCUAAACAGAUCAAUAAUGAUGUUUGUUCCGAUAGGCUCGACGAGCUAAAUGAAUUAUUACAAAAUGCGAACAAAGUAGUAGCUACCAUAGUUUCAUCCCAGGAAAAUUUAUAUCAGCUAAACAAUACGCUAACGAAUAUUCGAUGUCCUAUGAAUCGGAAGACCAUCACUUUUUUAGAUGCAAACGAAAGUCGAAGUGUUUCUAGGAGUAAUUCCGAUUGCAGUGAACGAGCUGGCAAGUACAAUAAGAAACCAGCUCCGAAGAUACCAAUAGUGACGAAGGACGAGGAAGAAGAGGAAAAAGCACUGAAAGCCACACUAGUCAUAAAAGCAGAAAGAUUCAAAAGUUCGUCCGGUAAUGAUACAGUGGGUGGUGCAGUGAUCAAGCGAAGAAAGAAGGCAAACAACGCCAAAGUCGGAGCUAAGGAAAGUUUUUCAAAAUUGUUGACAAUACCCAAGAACAUGUUCCACAGUGCUUUCCACAAAGAUAAGGACGAGGACUUAAAAUCUGUUACUUCGGAGCCAUCGAUAUCUAGAUCUGGUAGCCACGAGAGUGUCAAAUGUGAAUUGGAUGUAACCACUGUUAUACUAGAAGCGAUCAACGAAGAGAGAACGAAAUCUCGCGAAGGAGAUACGUACGUCAAUUUGAAAUCUGACAGCAUUGACUGCGACGUUCCAGCAUCCCGGAUACCUAACACGGAAAAAGAUAUUAAAGAUCAUUGUUCAGAGAUGAUUCAUAAUGAUGAAACGAUUGUUUAAGAAUAUCUACUCUAGCUUCAACUCUCUCAUCUUUUACAUUGUUUCUUGUUUCUUUCGAGAGGCUUUUGAAGAUUAAUCCAAACGAACCAUUUCCAGUUUUGCCACUUUACCUCGUAUCAAAAAGACAACAAAGAAAAAGGUCGCAUGAAAUUUAUAAGGUCUUGGUCAUACCAAGGAAUAAGAUUACAAAUUUCUCAUCAUUUUUUUGGAAUGUUUAUAAGUUGAUGUUAAC